AUGGCACGGAAACUAAAAGAUAUUGUUCCAAUGGUACCGUCACAGUUAAAACCACGAUUAGUUGACAGCAAAAUUGUAAGAGAGGACAUAAUGAAGAGAAGAAUUCAAUCAAAGAUUCAGUAUGAUAAAAAAGCGUCACAUCCAUUGAAAGAUUUAGCCGUUGAUGAUCGUGUUUACGUGAAGCCUAGGCAAAAGCAUAAGACUUGGAUUUAUGAGAAAGUCAUCGAAAGGCCUGAUGAAAGGACGUGUGUUAUGCAAACGCCAUUAGGAUUAGUUCGCCGAAAUCGGAAGCAUCUCAGAAAGAUUAAAGGGGAAAGUUCAGAACAUCAAGUACGUGAGGAACAAUUCAUGGAUAUUGUUUCUUUACCAGAUAUUGAUAGCGACGUGACUAGUAGCAACAACAACACUGUUGAUCCUGAUGAAGAAAGGGCUGGAAAUGCAGAACAGGUAUCCGGAGAAGAGCUCGUGUCAUUAAGAAGAUCUGAGAGAGUUCGCAGACCACCAUUAAGAUAUCAGGACUAUACAGUAUAA